AUGGAGAGUGCUAACUGCCGUCGCCGUGGUUUAGUGGCACAUGCCCCUCCCCCCGGUUACUUUGUACGGUUGGAGAAUACAAGUACUGACGACGAUUUAUAUUUGAGGAAGAAAGUCAGGAUGCGCAAGUGGCUCUGUUGUACUUGUCACGUCGAAGAGUCUUAUCCAUCAAACGAAAAUGAACGCCUGAAGAGCCCGAAGCAUUAUACAGAUGGGAACCAAAAGGGCAAUAAGGUGUCAGCUCCUGUAAAAUCUGACGUACAGAAGGCCCCACCACCCAUUGAAGUGCCUCCAUUGUCUUUGGAGGAGCUGAAAGAGAAGACUGACAAUUUCGGAUCUAAGUCAUUGAUUGGUGAAGGAUCAUAUGGAAGAGUAUAUUAUGCAAGCUUGAAUGAUGGUAAAGCUGUGGCCGUGAAGAAGCUUGACGUUGCAUCCGAGCCCGAGUCAAAUGGCGAGUUUUUGACCCAGGUUUCCAUGGUUUCAAGAUUGAAGCACGAAAAUCUUGUUGAGUUGCUUGGUUACUGUGUGGACGGAAGUUUGCGCGUGCUUGCUUAUGAGUUUGCGACCAUGGGAUCUCUACACGACAUAUUACAUGGUAGAAAGGGAGUUCAAGGGGCUCAACCAGGUCCCACACUAGACUGGUUGCAGCGGGUGAGAAUUGCAGUUGAUGCGGCUAGGGGAUUGGAAUACUUGCAUGAGAAGGUUCAACCUGCUAUUAUACACAGAGAUAUAAGAUCUAGUAAUGUGCUUCUCUUUGAAGAUUUCAAAGCCAAGAUUGCAGAUUUUAAUCUAUCAAAUCAGGCUCCUGAUAUGGCUGCUCGUCUUCAUUCCACUCGAGUUUUGGGAACGUUUGGCUAUCAUGCCCCAGAGUAUGCAAUGACUGGUCAAUUGACACAGAAGAGUGAUGUGUACAGCUUUGGUGUGGUUCUUCUAGAACUUCUGACUGGGAGGAAACCUGUUGAUCAUACAAUGCCACGUGGACAGCAGAGUCUUGUUACUUGGGCUACUCCAAGAUUGAGUGAAGACAAAGUUAAACAAUGUGUAGAUCCAAAGCUGAAGGGAGAUUAUCCUGCUAAAGGAGUCGCGAAGCUGGCAGCUGUGGCAGCAUUGUGUGUGCAAUAUGAAGCUGAAUUCCGGCCAAAUAUGAGCAUUGUUGUUAAGGCUCUUCAACCACUUCUGAAGCUGCCACCACCACAAGCUCCGGAGCCUUGA